AUGCGGGUCACCUCCCAGGCCAUGCAGUACGACGCGUCGCCCUCGACCCAGCUUCCGCCCUGCGCCGCGAGCCUCACCCCGGACGAAGCGCUGCCCCCACCAAGCGGCGGCGCCGGCGACUCGGUCGCGCGGCAGCACUAUGGACGCGUCAUCGCGGCGCUGCUGUACGCGCAUAACCUGGUCACGCCGCUGUGCUGGGGCUCCUGGACGGCCUACGGCGGCGCCCCGAUUGCAGGGUCACCCGCAGCGAGGGACGCCGCGUACGUCCACGCGCUCAUCCACCGGCAGGAGGGAAGCUGCGACGGCGAGUUCGGCAGCGGCUGGUCAAACGCCAACUACUGGUACUCAUCCGCCUCCGCAGCUUCCCACCCCAUCGCGCCCCGCCUUGCCGACGCCGCCCGGCGGCUGGCCCAGGGCGACGCCGAGUUGGAGAAAGCCGCAGCAUCGCUCACCGCCGCCGGCGGCGGCGGCGCGGCGGGGAAAGGCGGCGCAGGGGGUACCUGGGACCCUUUGCGCUUCGUGGGGCUGUGCGCGCGGGCGGCGGAGGGCGGGGAUGCGCGGCUGCUGGGGUACUGCGGGCAGCUGAUGGGGCGCGAAGUGGAGCUGCUGCUGGACCACUGCUACGAAGCUGCGGCCGCGGCAGCUGCUGGUCGCAAGACGUAG